GGCGACAGGGCUCGAGCGCGUGCUGGAGAACACGGAGAUCCGCAGCGGUGAGACUCUGACGCAGUUCGUCCUUCGCCGAGACAUGGGGGCGCGAGAAGCCCGCAAGUUCGGUCUGGAUCUGCCGGAGAAGGUCCAGGUGGGGCAGCUGAAGGCGGGGGCGAGGCUGAGCGAACAGAACAUGAUCAACUUGAUGCCCAUCUCUCAGGGCCGCGAAGACCUGGACUCAGCGAAGAAGGCCCUCAUGAAGAUGGACGUGAAGCGCGAGGUUGACGCCGCCCGGAGGCCUGGCAAGACCUUCGCGGCGGCGGACGAGGGCGACGAAUACGGGCGGGUAGGGGGCGAAGACCUGUCCGAUCUGGUGCUUGUCGAGUUCUGGGAGGACACCAUCCUGGAUGAGGGCGACGCCGAGGCGGCGCGCGCCGCAGUGGAGGCCCAGGACGUCGAAGAGGAGCAGCUGGCCAGCAUCGUCGCAGCCGUGCUGGAUGAGAAGCGUGAGAUGGAGAGGCGCCCGAGGAAGCGGGCGGAAGCCAAGGGGCUGAAGCGAGCGAUGGCAAGAGAUCGAGAGUUCCUCGACAGCAAGCGCGCCGGGAAGAAGCCAGCUCUUGGAAUAGGUGCCGGAAAGCAGAAGCUGAGUACUGACGAGCUCAAGGCGCGCACACGCUGCGCGACCUGCGGGCAGCGCGGGCACUGGAGGCGCGAGUGCACCAGCGCCUAUCGGCCCAAGCCGAAGGCCGAGGGUAAGACCGGCGCCCGUGCCUUGUACGUAACGACGGAGGGCAGUUCAGCAGCGACGUGGCUCUCGCUUGGCCCGGAGGUCGUCCAGAGGCUCUGCGGGUUGACCGACUCGUGGCGGCUGCGCGAUGACAUGGGGCCCUCCGGCAUGAUCGACACCGCCGCGGGCCAGGCGGUGGUUGGCGAUAAGCGGCUGGAGCGUCUGGUGAAGGACUAUGGCAAGCAAGGGUGGCGCAUCCUCAUUCGCUGGAACAAGCAGUCCAAGAAGGCCGGGGGCGUCGGCGGCAGCGCGGACAUCAUCGGAGAGGCCCUCAUCCCGAUCACGGUGGUCCCGGACAAGAGCGUGCUGAUUCUGUUCCAGAUUAUCGCAGGCGAGGUUCCCCCGCUGCUGCCGGCGAAGUGGCUCGAGUCGGUGGGGGCGAAGAUCGACCCGGGGCGGGGUCAGGUCUGGAGCCCGGCCGCCUCAAGGAGCUCUGGGGGCGAGGUCUUGGGGGUCGGGGCCCAGCUCCGGGAGCCAGGCCAGGUCGGUCAGGAAGGUUCUCCCAGGCAAGCCCGGAAGGCGAACCAGGAGAGGCAGGUGGCAGAGGAGGUCGAGGAGGCCACGCAGGAGGAGGAGGUCGAGGAGGCUGCCCAGGAGAACAAGGGAAACUGCAACCCGUCCGGGGACCUCCCGGAGGAGGCGACGUCGCUCGAUUCAUCCGUAGCCCUCGUGCUCGAGACCAGCGACGUUGCCUGCGGUUUCAGCUAUCCGGUGGCUACUCAGAAGAUGGGGUCGCAGCACGUCAAGGGGGCGGUCGCGAGGGAGAUUCGUGCUUAUCAGGCGCGUCAGCGCGCCGUGAGCAAGGCGCAGAGGCCGAGCAAGUCGAAGCCCAUUCUGGAGAGCUCAUGGGAGUGGGAGGCUGUCGGCAUGAUCACGGACGACGAGACCGACCAGGAGCAGGAUCCGACCGCAGCCUCAGAGACCUUCCAGAAGAACUGCACGGCGGGCAGGACAUAA